CUAUCAUAGUAUAUUUAUUUUUAUAUGUUAGUUUUUUCUUUCUUAUAUAAACUCUACUACUUUUCCGAUCAAAACACCUUCAUACAAUCAACUCACCAUGGAGACUCUCUACCUCAUCCUUUGUUCUGCUCCAGUUUUGUUAGCUCUUUACGUUGUCGUUUUCAAAACUUCCGAUAAGAAUCUGCCACCAGGAAGCAUGGGGUGGCCCAUAAUCGGUGAAACGAUUGAGUUUCUAUUUGGCAAGCCGGAAAAUUUCGUGUUCAAGAGAAUGAAAAAGUACUCCCCAGAUAUCUUCAAAACCAAUAUUCUCGGAGAGAAAACCGUUGUGAUUUGUGGGCCCAACGGCCACAAAUUCCUCUUCUCGAACGAGCAGAAGUAUUUCACGGCGUUCCGACCCCACUCCAUGCAACGCAUGUUCAGAUCCUACAAAGAGCCGAAACAGGCCCAAGUCCAGCACGGCCGAGACGAAGAGGCAAAGGUGUUGCGCUCCCCGGGCUUUCUGAAGCCCGAAGCACUGGUCCGGUACCUGGUGAAAAUGGAUUCCAUAACCCAAGAACAGAUGAAGGCCCAUUGGGAGGGGAAGGCCCAAGUCAACGCCUACCCUCUGACGAAAACUCUGACGUUGACCCUGGCUUGUCGAUUCUUCUUGGGGAUCGAUGAGCCGGAAAGGAUUGCGAGGCUAGUGGAGAACUUUGAUGACGUGACUGUGGGGAUGCAUUCGUUGAUGGUGAACUUUCCAGGGACCAUAUUUUAUAAGGCGACUAAGGCUGCAAACGCUUUGAGGAGAGAGCUGAAGGGUGUGAUUCAAGAGAAGAAAGAAGGCAUGGCUCGUGGGGCUCCGAUGCAUGACAUAUUGAGUCAUAUGAUUGUCGCCACUGACCCUUCUGGGAAGCACAUGGCUGAGGCUGAGAUUGCUGAUAAGAUCAUGGGCUUGCUCACUGCUGGCUAUAGCACCGUUGCCACUGCCAUGGCCUUUUUCAUGAAGUAUGUGGGCGAAAGACCUGAUAUUUACCAGAAGGUCCUCCAAGAGCAAAAGGAGAUUUGGGAAUCGAAGAAAGCAGGCGAAUCGUUGGAAUGGGAAGACAUAAACAAGAUGAAGUAUUCGUGGAAUGUUAUUUAUGAGGUUAUGAGAUUCACUCCUCCGCUUCAAGGCACUUUCAGACAUGCUCUCACUGAUUUCACAUACGCUGGUUACACCAUUCCCAAGGGCUGGAAGGUAUACUGGACUGUGAGUACAACAAACAAAAAUCCAGAAUUUUUCCCAGAACCAGAGAAAUUUGACCCAUCACGAUACGACGAUGUAAGUGUAUUUCCUCCUUUCACAUUUGUCCCAUUUGGAGGUGGGCCCCGCAUGUGUCCUGGCAAAGAAUACGCUAGGCUAGUUAUUCUCACUUUCGUCCACAAUGUAAUGAAAAGGUUCAAUUGGCAAUUAAUUUACCCAAAUGAGAAGAUUAUAGGUGAUAUGAUGCCCACCCCUGAGAAAGGUCUUCCAAUACAUCUCCAAUCUCAUUAGUUUUUUUUUUAAUAAAAUAAAUCUUACAAAUAAGAAAAAUAAAGUCCCCCUUCUACCUCAAAAAGUUAUUAUAAUAUUGUGUAUUACUUCUUUACUUUUCUUUGUAAUAUUUUUGUAACCUUUUCUAGUUGCAAGACAUAUUGUAUUAUCACAAAGGAACGUUAUAAAUUAAAGUAGAUGAUAAAAUAAAGUAAAGAUAUUCAAUAUUA